CAAUCGUGAUGAGCAGUGAGCAGUUAGUGUACAGCACAAUGAUUUCACCAUGGUUUUGACAAGUCACAUCGAUAUUUCUGAGGACAUUUUGUAUUUUGUGUAAAUAAUGUGGCUCGCUUAUUUGUAAAUUAAAGCGGAGGUAAUUUUGAAGAGCUGUGGCCAUCAGCGAGUUCCCUCGAGCAGAGUCUCCGGCUGACGUGACUGCAGGCUCCAGUGCCCCCCAACCAGGGCAAGCCCAUGGAGUUUAUCUAGAAGAGAAGCAGCGUCACAGGCAGGGCUUUUCACACAGAUACUCCCCACAGCGCCUACUCCUUCUGAAAGGAAACCGCCUGUCACCGUUUGGUCUGGUUGUUUGGGCCUUCAACAGUGAAGAAAAUGUCUCCCUUUCUUCGUAUUGGAUUCUCCAACUUUGAGCUGGACUCUGUGCCAUACCAAGAGGAGGUGCUUAACCCCUAUUGUGCAGUGUACAUGAAAGAAGCAGUGGACACAGAGAAGGGGCAGGUCUAUAAGCAAAAGAAGCCAACCAUGUACCCUCCCUGGAACACGACCUUUGACGCCCACAUUAACAGAGGGAGAGUGAUGCACAUCAUCGUGAAGGAUAAGACACUGGAGCUGAAGUCAGAGGCAACGGUGCAGCUGGACUCCCUGGCUACCAGGUGUAAAAAGGAAAAUGGAAAGUUAGAGAUCUGGGUGGAGUUAACGCCACACGGUCGCCUACUGAUGGAGGCCAGGUACUUUCUAGAGAAGAGUGAUGCUGCAGGACACAGUGAGAGUGAGAGUGAGAGUGAGGGAUUCUUUGCCCUGCAUCAGCGUAGGGGGGCUAUCAAGCAGGCCAAGGUUCACAAUGUAAAGUGCCAUGAGUUCACUGCGACGUUCUUCCCUCAGCCCACUUUCUGCUCCGUCUGCCACGAGUUUGUCUGGGGUCUGAAUAAACAGGGCUACCAAUGCAGACAGUGCAAUGUUGCAAUUCAUAAAAAAUGCAUUGACAAAGUGAUAGCCAAAUGUACCGGAUCUGCAGUCAACAGCAAAGAGACAAUGAUCCACAAGGAGAGGUUUAAAAUAGACAUGCCUCACAGAUUUAAAGUCUAUAACUACAAGAGCCCGACAUUUUGUGAACACUGUGGAACACUGCUAUGGGGACUUGCAAGGCAAGGUCUGAAAUGUGAAGAAUGUGGAAUGAACGUUCAUCACAAAUGUCAGAAGAAAGUUGCAAACCUCUGUGGAGUAAAUCAGAAGUUAAUGGCUGAAGCACUGGCCAUGAUUGAAAGUGCACAGCAGGCCCGAUGCAGCCGUGACACAGAGAUCAUUGGCAGGGAGGGGCCAGUUGACAUCAGCCAGCCUGGUGUUAUAAGAGAGCCAUCUGGUGUUCAGCACAUGCCAGCGCCUGUAUCCACAAGGAAAGAUCUCCAGGGAAUAGCCUGGGAAUGUCCCAAAGAACAGCAUCAAGAACCAGAAAUUCCUGAACCCACGUAUGCAGUAGCAAGGAAAGAAAUGCGCAAGUUUACCAUUGAUGAUUUCAUUCUACAUAAAAUGCUGGGAAAAGGAAGCUUUGGAAAGGUGUUUCUUGCAGAACUUAAGUCAAAAAAUCAAUUCUUUGCAGUGAAAGCUCUGAAGAAGGACGUCGUGCUGAUGGAUGAUGACGUGGAGUGCACUAUGGUGGAAAGGAGGGUACUGUCUCUGGCAUGGGAGCAUCCUUUUCUCACACACCUCUACUGCACCUUCCAGACCAAGGAAAACCUCUUCUUUGUGAUGGAAUACCUGAAUGGUGGCGAUCUCAUGUUCCACAUACAGAAUUGCCAUAAAUUUGAAAUGCCAAGAGCAGUGUUCUAUGCUGCUGAAAUUAUUUGUGGUCUCCAGUUCCUUCAUUCUAAAGGCAUCAUAUACAGAGACCUGAAGUUGGAUAACGUACUACUAGAUAAAGAUGGACACAUAAAAAUAGCAGACUUUGGAAUGUGUAAGGAGAACAUGUUUGAGGAUGCCAGGACCUGUACUUUCUGCGGAACCCCUGACUAUAUUGCCCCUGAGAUUUUGCUUGGUCAGAAAUAUGGAAAUUCAGUUGAUUGGUGGUCUUUUGGAGUCCUGCUGUAUGAGAUGCUCAUCGGUCAGUCCCCUUUUCAUGGCAACGAUGAAGAAGAGCUCUUCCAGUCAAUCCGUACUGAUGACCCCUUCUAUCCAAGAUGGCUCCCAAAAGACGCUAAAGAGAUUCUUGUCAAGUUAUUCGUGAGAGAGCCGGAGCGUAGACUGGGAGUGAAAGGAAAUAUCCGCCAGCACGUUUUCUUCAGAGACAUCAACUGGACGGUGCUGGAGAACAGAGAGGUCGAGCCACCCUUCAAACCCACUGUGAAAUCUCCAAAUGACUGCAGCAAUUUUGAUAAGGAGUUCUUAAAUGAGAAACCGAGACUCUCUUGUGCUGACAGGGCCCUCAUCAACAGUGUGGACCAAACUAUGUUCAACAAUUUCUCCUUUGUUAACCCCAAAAUGGACAGGCUUAAUAAGCCUGUGGAAAUUGUUCACUGACACGUUGAAUGUGUUAUGAAUGCAAUUCAUUAUAUUCCAUUUACAGGAGUUCAGUGUGUUAUUUGUGACUUCCUUAAUCAGAAGCAACUGUUAAUUGCUAACCUCGGUCUGUGAAAUCUUACUAAUAUGAUUCAUAUGAUUUUUGUUUCUUGAAUAAUGGUCACAGAAAAUAAUUUAUUAACGAGGAUGUGUUAUGUCUUUAGAUAUAUUUAAUGUAAUUUGUGUAAUUUUUGCUUUGUUAGUGUUUAUAAACUGGCAACAUGGUUGCAUUUUGCAUGAAGAUUAUUGUGUACUGUGUAAUUGUGCCUUGUUCAGUUUGUCACUUGCUCGGUCAGAUUCUUAUAAUGGCAAACAAACUGACAAAUAUAAAGAGACUGUGCUUAGUACUUUGACUUUAGCUCGCUUACCCAAGGAAAUGACAGUGCUGAUCGGAGAUCGACAUUGUCCCGACCCCCCCAGAAGAUUCCCAAAAACACAGAUGCAGAUUUCGAACACUGAGCCAAGAUCAAGUCUUAGCAGUGUCACCUGAACCAAGCAGAAGGUGCAUGUAACAAAUGAAAAACAAUUAGAAGCCAGGCUGGCACUCAUUUGAACUAGAGGAUUCGGAUAUGUGGUGUGUAAGAAGCACGUAUGCAGCAGGCGACAAAAUGCAAGUCAGCCAGCAGGUGGCUUCACUGGCAGCUAGCAACAGCAGCAUGCGUGGCAAGUUCGAUUCGGAACUCAGUGGUGGGCAGUGGAAGAUGUUGCAGCAAGCGGGGGGAGUAGUUCAGCACAAAAACAGGAUCUUGCUGAGUUUCUACAGAAGAUAAGAACGUUUCAGAAGCUGAAGUCACGAAAAGAGAAGGAAUAACAGUAUAGUGUGGAUUUGGGAGGGGGAAGGGCUGACUCUAACCAUUUUGAUGCCAGCCAAAAGAGGGGGGGGAGGGGGAUUGGGGGAUCCCACUGCUGUAGCUGCAUUGGCCUGGGCACCAGGAAUAGUGUGGGGAUGAUGAACGACAAAGCCCGUAUACGGUGCAGACCGACGCCACGUGCUCACUCCCGAGGUAAAGAGUAGGAACCAGCAACCACAGGCUCCCGCGGUAGACAGUGAAUAGAAGGGUGAGUGAGUGGGUAAAGAGAUGGAAACGAGAUGUAGACUGGAUCCGUAGGUACGAUGGGCUGGACGCUCAGCCAGAAAUGGAGAGAGAAGGGGAAAGGAAAGAGCGUGCGAGAUUGGGAAGAGGGAAUGGGCAGGGGAACAAAACCGAUGCGGUUGCUCGCAGUUUCUGGAAGGCUUGCUGACGUUAAGAGACCUGAAAGAAAAAACACAAUGAAGGUAAGAUACCAGCAGCCCUGAGUGUGAAAGACGUUCUUGUGCGGAAGAGAAAGACUAGAAUUUGACCUCCUCCUGAACUCUGUUCAAGAACACCAUUAAUUACAAACUUGUGCUCAGGGUAGCUUUGAACAGUGGCGUUAAAUUCAACCAAAGAAAUGAAUGUUUACAAAUCAACCCUUAUACAAAUAACUACUGUAUACGUGAUUUAUAGGUUUCUACUGAAAUGCUCCAAUCUAUAAAUUUAGGACAUUUCGAUAUAAAUAUUUUUUCUAGGGGAUGUUUGGAAUAUACCUCAUUGUAGCAUAGAAGGUUCCUUGAAUAAUGCUGUUUGGAUAAUCCUACUGAAAAGCAAAGGAGCACUCAUGGGAAAUGUUCUGCAACAUGGACACUGUAAAGGAACAAAUGGAAUAUUAAUCUACAUUAUUAAAGAGCAAUCCAAAUAUAUUUUGAACACUGUGUAAAUAUUAUCACAAUCUGUCCAUAGCUGUGUUGCUAUAUUGGUCCAUACUCGCAUGUUCUGAAAGUAGUAGGUAUACCAUAUGAACACUUACUCAAAUGUAUUAAUCUUUAUUUAGAUUAUUGUAUUCUAAAGAUUAUUUUUAAUAAAAGCAUGUUCUUUUGUAUAAAAGUGUUACAUAUAGUUUAGUUGUGAAAAUAUUACUAGAUGAUGCAAAAUCACCUCCUUGUGUACACAUACUGUCAGUGUUACAUUCAAACAGAUAAUGAACACCUAAUGCCAGGCAAUUGACACACCCCUUCAGUACUGUGAUAUAUAGUUACUGAAGAGAAGAGCGUGGACACAGGCUGGGUUUUAUUGAUUACAACUUUUUAAGGUUUCAAAGUAAAAUCAAUUGUGUUUUUGUGGUAAAUGUUGCCCUACUAUAAGAGGUAGAAGAAAGCAUGAACAUUAAAUAUCAUUGUAUUCACUGUUGUUAUUUUGUAAUGUUGUAAUGUAGUAUUUUGUAAUGUUUUGCAGUGUUAGAUAUUACCAUGCAUAUCUGUGAUUAAGUUGGUAUUUUCUGUGAAAUGUAAAAGAACAUAUUUAAGCUUUAUUAUUCAUGUUAAAUGUGUUAUCCUGUUUAGGUGUUUAUUGCUUGAUCUGUUGUUUUCCAGUCCAGGUCUUUAUCAGGAUUUUAAAUACCCACUGGAGAAUAUGCAUGAAACUCUCUAUUAGCAUUUAUUUCUCUGUAUAUGAAACAGUAUUUUAUAAAUAUGUCCUGCUAGCAACUUGCAUAAAUUCAGCUAUAAAUGAGAAAAGUAAUUAAAGAUG